GCCGUAGUCCAAACGCCACACCCCACCGUAGGUGUUCUGCGCUGAGACCUGUCAAUUUGAAUUUGUUGUCCAACAACAAUAAUAUCCCAUGUUUCGCAAACGUUUAAACAAUGGCGAAACUAAGCGAAGACAUAAUCAAAAACUUGAACGACUUAAUCCUGCACCUGUCGAAAACCGAGGAGGGUUCCGAGGCUCACAGCCAGUUAAAAAAGCACUACACAUCGGUGAUUAAAAAAUCAAAUCACAUGUACUUCUCGUCCAACAAAGAAAUAGACAUCCAUAUACAGGACAUGGCCAACAAGUUCAUAAUGCAUGGCUUCACCUACCAGGCCUCCGAAUUGGAGACCCACUACAAGAAAUACAUGCCGGACCGUCUGCCCGAGAGCGAAAACCGCAACAGGUUGAACAUCCUCAAGUUCUUAUUGGAAAUGUCUGUCUCACCCACCAAAUACUUUUUUGACCACCCUGAUGAAUUCAUUCCCAAGGUGGAGGAAAGUGAGGACAUCAAUUGGGCCAAUCAUUUGCUUGAGGGCAUUGAAAGGUGGGAGCCCAACUUUGAUGAAUUGUCACCAGAGGAUUCCGAAGAGUCUGACUAUAGUGAAGACGAAACACUAGCCACAGAUAUUACUACAAUUAAAAUGCCGACCAUUUCAGAAGAUAAACACGACACAGUGCUUGUGGAUUUUGAUGUGAGCAGGCAGACAUUGCUGACAAGUGUACAACACUCAUGGUUCAGGUCAAAAACUGUGAGGCACAUGCCUGAAAGUCAACUGGAGGCGGCAAACUUCGGUAUUUUAUGGGAAGAACACCUACAGGAACAAACCGGGUAUUUAAUACAGAUGCCCAAGUCCAACGUAAUAUCCGAGUACAAAGUGAUCCGAGAGGUGAUCUUCCAACUGUACAACCCCCACAACUCCGUCGUCUACAAACUGGAGGGUGACCACGUCAAACUGCGGGGCGGAGUGACCGUCAGCAGCGUCCGUUGGUUCAUCUUCGAAAACUUUAUGCUGCACACGCUGCGCUACAUCGAACUGAUGGAGGAAUUCAGGGGUAUAAUCAGGUACAAUGACGUGAACGCCAACUGCCCCAUCACGUACAAGUGUUACGGCGGCUUCGUGCGCACGUUCGUCGACCUCGUCCACCUGCAAAUCGUCGAUCUGGAGGAGCACAUCCGCAAACAGGAGGUGACGUACACUCUGAUGAAGCUGGACAACGAUCUGCGACGGAUUUUCGAGCCGUUGAUCAGGUUGAAACACGUGCACGACAGGAACUUCGUGGAUUUUGCCCAGGGGGACUUUUUAGGUUGUACCGUCCUGUUUUUGACGAACUUGCGAAGGAGCCUAGAGAUGUCCAGGGAUAAGCUCGAGCAGGACAUGAAGCUGGCGUUGUUUGUUGAAUGUUUAUAUCAUUAUUUGAACGUGAUUCAACAGUGGUUGGGCAACAACCUGUACACCAAGACCACCGACGUGACGGGGGAGUUUGUCAUUGAACAUAAGCCUUGCCCCGAAAUUGACUGGACCAUGAGUUAUUACGUAAGGCAGGGAAUCCCCGCGGACCGCCGCGACGACAGUAUGAUAGCCUUGUUAACUGACUACGUCUUGAAAACCGGCAGAAACGUGCAGCUACUUAGGUACCUUAAAAAACACGACAUUUUAAUCGCCAAACCGAACACGGUGUACGACGAAUUCGUAAGGAGAACCUUGCAAAAACUGUGCGAUUACUACGGCGUCGACCCGCAAACCGUUCUCCCCGAAGAAACACCUCCAGAAGAAAGUUUGGAGGUAGUCAAAUACAAGAGCCCAGCCAUUUAUACUGAGGGACCUGCGAGUGCCAUGAACAAGAUGGAGAGGCUGGUGGACGUCUCCGAUGGGUUACUAAUGGCAGCCUUUGAAGACUACCUCAUCGAGAAGCCCAAGAAAGUUAAAGAGAAGGAACCAACGUUAUACGAAAAAAUUUCCCGCAUCACAUCCGAUCGUUUGUUCCCCAUGGAUGACUUUUUCGAGACCAUCCUCCACGACAUCCUACGCGAAAGAUUUACGGUUUCCGGCUUGACUGUUAAGAGUCUGCUGGUGGAGGAGCACUCUUUGUAUAAAGAAUUUUGCUUCCUGUCCCACCUGUUCUUGUUCCACGAGGACUUCAUGUCGGGCUUCUACAGGGACCUAUUUGGGAGGCUGGCGAAGGCGUUCGCCAAAGGUGGCGACAAAGACUUGGGUACUGAGAGACGUCUUUGGCCCAUGUUCCAGGAGGUCGUUGCUAAAGUCUAUCCUGGAUUUUACCAAAAGUGCCAAAUUAUAGUCGGGCGUAGCUGGAAUGAUUGCAUGGAACAGUUGGAGGCUUGCAGAACCGUUUCUAUUGAAUACCAUGGUGAUUGGCCCAACACCAUUGUUAUCACCAGGGACCACGUCAAGAAGUACCAGGAGAGCUUUCAGCUUUUGUUGCUGAUUAAGUGGGGCUUACACUCUUUGAACCUCUUAGAUUUAAAAGAUUUAAUUAGGAGAAGGAAAUCAGCGAAGACCAAAACGUACCAAUCUAUAAUCAGGAAGUUACAAAACUUGAGAUUUUGCCUCCUGGACUUGACAAAUUCGCUUCAACACUUUAUCUUCGGCAAUUUUUUUAGAAAAUGUAGGAGCACCUUCGAACUGGAUUUCGAAAAGUCCAAAGACCUGGACGCACUACGAAAAGCCCACCACAACUACGUAACUGAUUUUCAUAAUUUUCUAACGCAUAUUGCCAAUGUUAAGAAGGAGGAAUCUCAAACCACUGUUAUUUUUAUGCUUUUAGAUGUAAUUCGCAGGCUGCAGAAUAUGUGGAACAGUUUUAAAUAUGCCACACAUGAUGAGCUUGAAAGGUGCCAUAAAGAAUAUAAAACUUGCUACGAAUUACUGUUUCCGAUUCUUAAUCCUGCUCAGAUAAUUAAUUAAUCAAAACGCUAUUUUAAUGUUAUAUAUUUAUUAUUUAAUAAAUUGUUGAUAUUUUCGUAUAA